AUGCCAUCUCUCGUCCAAAAGGACAAUGUCGCCCAGCCUGGAUACAGCUCUUACCCCUACAAUAACACUCAUCAAGCUGGAGAAGGCAACUUCGACUACCCAGUGGCCGCAGAGCCCACCGCUCCGAUGAUGGCAAGCCAGGAGAUCCAGCCCGAGCAAGUGCUCACCGGCGACUUCAUGUCUAUAAACCAAGUCGUCCAAACUGUUGCCGCUCUGCCAUCCAAUAUGGAUGCCUUUGCCAACAUCCCUCGAGAGUUCGACGCCCAGGCUGUUUACCCUGGAGAUGCCUGUUUGUUUGUGGCCAACCUCCCUCAACACGUCGAUGAUCUCACCUUGAGGGUUUCUCUUACCAAACACUUUGGCAAGUUCGGCACAGUCUUCGUCAAGGUGAAGCGUGACCGCACCAGACACAUGCCUAUGGCCUUUGUUCAAUACACUCAAAUCAAGCACGCCGAUGUUGCGGUGCACCAGGCCCGUGGAGAUAUGAUCCAUGGCCGUCCUAUCCGAGUUGAGAAGUGCGGCGGAAACCUCUCCUACAUUAUCUUCCGCAAAGACACUCGCCACGUUCACGCCGACGAGGCUCGUUCUAUUUUUUCCCGCCAUGGACCAGUUAAGAAGGUCGAGGUUCUCAACUAUGAUGCUCAGACCAAGCUCGCCGUUCCUCCUAGUCUUCUUGUACUGUACUCCAGAUUUGACCCCAAACGCGAUGUCAUUCGGUUUAAGGACGUCGGUCCUAACACGCCAUUCAUUAUCAUGGCUUUUGAUCCCAAGAUGGUUCAGAAGCGUUCUGACCGCCCAGCUGACGAUCAAACCUUCAUGGAGAUGUAUGAAAAGGACUGUCGCUCAGUCUUCUUCGGCGGACUGCCUCAUUAUGCUGACGAGGCUAUGGUCUACCGAUUGGCUGGCAUCUGCGGGAAUAUUCGUUCUGUUGAUCUACGAAUUUCCCCUGACCAGGACGGUGGUCUCCCUCACCCUUGGGCAUUCGUCGAGUACGACGAGUUUGAUAUCCCUGACAGAGCCAUGGAAGAAUUCAAUGGCAAAGAAGUUGAGGGCUGCAUCCUUCGGGUCGAACGAAAGAGAACCAAGCCUACCCCCGAAGCUGUCGCUGUUCCCCAAGCCAUUGGCACUCGUCUACCCGACUCUGGCCCUCGCUUCCCCAACCCUGGUUCUCGCUUUCCCAACUCUGGCCCCUCUCGCGUUCCCGGCUCUGGUUCUUCUCGCAUGCCUGGUAGUGUGGAUGAUGCUCGCAUGUAUCCGUCACCCCUUCGCCCUGUCAAGCGUCCUCAUCGUCGCUUUGACUCUCGCGUCGCCUCCGCCGCCGCUGCCCCAGUCAAUCAUCGCCGCGUGGUAUCAACCGCAGGUCUGUCCCGGGAGGAACGAGAGUUCCUCGAGAAUUGUCACCCCGAGGAUCUGCUGAAGCCAGAGAAUGUACGGCCCAGACCGCUGCCAGUUCCAACGCUGGCGGUUCCAAACACUAAACUGGACGAGGUCACUCCUGUUCAGUCUCCUGAGAAGUAUCCUCCUAUUGCCGAGUCUAGUAACGUAGUUCGGUUCGCCCCUUCGCCGAGCACGCUACCAUCUCACACUGGUUCAUCUCCUAUUCCCCUUCAGAUACCUGCACCUCCCGCAGAGUUCAGUCCGCCGAACCUUCGGGGUUUCAAGGACCGCCUUGCUGCAGACGGACACUCGCGGGUUACGGCCUUUUCACCUGCUGCAGAACUCGCUGCGAUGCGAUGUGAGGUUGCUGCUGAAGACAAGGCCAACGGCAAGGGACACCGCCGUGCUGUGUCAAUGUUUAUUACCUCGACCUACCCGCCUCCCAUUGACCUCUCGGAGAGCGACGACAGCACCUGGCGCGAGAGCGGAAGCUCGCCAGACGAGCAGGGGUCGCGGAAGAAGAAGGCCAAGAGAUGCCUUAUCCGACGUCGCCAUCUGUCCGAGGAGAACUUGAAGCGCAACCUCUUGUACCAGGCCAAGCUCAAGCGAACCUAUGCAUCUGAGGAGAACAUGCGCGGCAGACCUAUCUCUCGCGAAACCGACCAACCUCGUGACAAGAGUGGUAAGUCUCGCAAGAGCGAUGCCACGGAGCGAGCUCCUGAGGGCCAGCUCGUCGUUGCUUCUCAGCAAGCCCCCGAGGGUCAGCCUGUCGUUGCUGCUCAGCAGCCCAUGUACCAGCCUGCCAUGCCCUACACGCACAUGGUCCCCCAAUACCCUCCCCCGAUGCCACCCAUGGGUUACAUGCCUAUGCCGCCUCAAGCGAUGGCUCCCGUUCCCGCUCCUGGUGGCUUUACAUACAUGGACAUGCCCCAGUAUCCUCUUCCCCAGUUCCAUGAACCUGUUCAGCUGUAUCCAGGCCCCUCUCACCAUGGGUACGCAGGCCCAGGACCAUCCCAGGUUCCGUAUCCCACCCCUCCACAUCCUGCCUCCAUGUAUCAGGGGCAACCUCAGGUGCCAUUCCAGGGACACCACCAACGCGAGUAUCACGAGCCCAUGCAUGUGUCUCAAGAUGCUCGCAACCACCCAUACCAAAGCCAUGGUCGACCUCAGUACCAAGGUCGCCGCCAUGCUUCAUACGCACAUCCUCAGCAGAUGCAUUACCAGGGGAAUUACAGCGGUAUGCCCCACUCUAACUUCACUCCCCAGGGACCAAGAGAGUCCUACCACCAGAGCCGCCAGCGACAGGAAGCAGAGCGCUACCGUCGCUAUAACUCUUAG